AUGGGUAUUUUUGGCACUUCGCAAGGUGAAGAACAGCAAUUGAGAGACGCAUCAAAUGUUCAAGAGGCUAUUCACGACCAAGCAUCUUCAGCUAACCUCUCUGCAUAUGCGACUGCUGAAGAAGACUUAAACGAAACUGAUGAAGAAGACGUUUCAAGCCAGGCUGGACGGGCUAUUGAUGGAAGAGUAGAUGGACCUGACAGCUCAGAUACAGAUACCGGAUCUUAUAUGAAAGAGGUAUAUGCGGAUGAAAAGCCAUCGGAGAAGUCAUAUCCUGAUCCAGAAUAUAACAUCAGCAACGAAAGACCUGAAGGAAAACAAUGGGCGAAUGAUGGACAGAAUGAAGAAUCGUUGAAAGGAGCCGCAUCUGAAAAAUUAAAUGACAAAGUUAACUCGUCAGAUGAACCUAUACACAUUGAAAACUUAGACUGGGAUUCACCCGAUGAUAAAUCUAAUCCUCAAAAUUGGCCACAAUGGAAAAAAUGGUAUAUCACGUUUACCGUGGCGCUCAUUUGCUUGUGUGUUUCAUUAGGUAGUUCUUUAUACGUUACGGGUAUCCCAAGCUUAAUGGUUGAAUUCGGCGUAUCACAGGAACUUUGUAUCUCUGGUUUGACAUUCUACUUAAUUGGUUUAGCAGUUGGCCCUGCGAUUGCUGCCCCAAUGUCUGAAGUAUUUGGUCGUCGUUGGAUUUACUUCUUUUCAUUACCAAUUUCAAUGUUAUUCGCGAUGGGAAUUGGUUUAUCAAAGAACAUCCAUUCGAUUUUAAUUUUAAGAUUCUUCUGUGGUUUCUUUGCUUCGCCAGCCAUGGCGGUCGCUGGAGGUUCUAUUAGUGAUAUUUGGAGUUUCCAAGAUAUGGGCUUCGCUAUGGCUAUGUUCUGUUUAGCACCUUUCUUAGGUCCAGUUUUAGGUCCUAUCAUUGGUGGAUUCGCAGCUGAACAGAAGGGAUGGGAAUGGACUAUGUGGAUUUACUUAAUGGCUUCAGGCCUUAUUCUUCCUUUUGUCUUACUCUUACCAGAAACAUAUAAGCCAAUCAUAUUAGCACAUAGAGCUAAGAAAAGGGGUGUUAAUUUAUACAAGCCCCCAGUAAAUAAGCAAUUUGUCAAAAAUUUGGCUGUUAAUAACUUAUUACGUCCCAUACAAAUGUUAAUCGUCGAACCUAUCGUUUCCAUUUUCACGAUUUAUAUUGCUUUUGUUUUUGCAGUCUUAUUCGGAUUUUUCGAAGCUUACCCAAUUAUUUUCCAGGGUACCUAUGGUAUGAGCUUAGGGGUUUCCGGUUUACCUUUCCUUGGUGUUGGUAUUGGUUUAAUAGGUGGGGUUAUAUUUUUCAUCAUAUUAGAUAAGACAAUCUACAAUCCAAAAAAUCCCGAUGGCACUAGAGGUAAGAGAGACGAAAAUGGUAAUCUUAUUUUUGGUCUUCCAGAAAAGAAAUUGCUUUCUGGUAAGGUGGGAGCCAUUUGUUUACCUAUUGCAUUAUUCUGGUUAGCCUGGACUGGUAGAACCAAGUCAGUUCACUGGAUGGCUCCAAUUGCUGCUGGUGUUCCCUUUGGAUUUGGGUUGAUCUUGGUAUUUUUUGCCGUCAUUUACUAUUUCUCAAUGUCAUAUCCACCAGCUUCUCUUGCAUCUGCAUUAGCUGCAAAUAACUUGGUGCGUUACUUGUUAGCAUCUGUUUUCCCAUUAUUUACUGUUCAGAUGUACGAAAGAUUACAUAUCGAUUGGGCUACUUCAUUGUUUGCUUUCAUUGCAUUGGCCAUGGUCCCUGUGCCUUUCAUUUUCCAGAGAUAUGGUGCAAAAUUAAGAGGUAGGUCCAAGUUCGGCUACGCCGCACUCUUUAGACGUAUUGCCGAGCAAAAGGCUGCUGCUGCGCAAAAGGCUGAACCUGAAGCUGCUGCUCCUGCAACGGAUGCUUCACAUAAUGUUUGA